UUAUGCAGGUCUGCAGUGGGCAUUCUGACACUGGGUGGGAACUAACUGCCACUGAAAUCCCAAUGACAACAAUACAGAGAUCAGUGCUAAUAAAAAGCACUGACACUGUACUAAUGACACUGGGCAGGAAGGGGUUAGCAUUUUGGGUGAUCAAAGGGUUAAUAGUGUGCUGUGCUACAUGCUGCUGUGUAUUUAUCUGCUGUGCAGAGAAAUACACAGCAACAUGUCCUUGCUGGCAGGAGAGAGACCUGUGUUGUUUAUACACAGGUCUCUCUUCUGUCAGUUCUACAUGGCAAUUGCUCGGUGCCGGCGGAGAAUCUCCAGCAGGG